UGACAAUGUCUCCAGUCUCAUGUUAUCUGCUGGUGUUCAUAUCAGUCCUGUCAUUGAGCAGGGUAACAGAGGGACAGACAGCACCUGUGAUAUUCUAUCCAUUCGGCUCAGUGGCAGGAGACACUGUUAAUAUUUCCACUGAGGAUGAAAUCUCCCAGCUUAUCGACCUGUGGAGUCCUUUUGUGUUCUUCGGGCGAGCGUACAACAGGACAUAUGUUAACAGUAACGGAGACCUUACAUUCAACCAGUCUUCAUCAGAGUUUAUUUCUCAACCCUUUCCCAUCAAUGGAAGUGAAGACAUCAUUGCUCCCCUCUGGACUGACAUUGAUGUCAGUGUGAAUGGCAUCAUCUCAUAUCAGCAGUACUCAACCGGGAGUGUUCUCACGCGUGCCACUCAGGAUAUAAACCAGUACUUCCCUGGUCUGAACUUCACGGCUAUUUGGGUCCUUGUUGCAACUUGGGAUAGAGUUGCAUACCAUUACCACUCUGGCACGGAAACAUCGUUUCAAGUGGUUUUGAUUUCGGGUAGUGAUUUGUCUUUUAUUCUCAUAAAUUAUGGUGACUGUGCUGUGACAUAUAAUAGUGUGCAGGCUGGUUAUGACACUAUAAACUCCACGGCCUACUUUGCAAUUCCUGGGUCAAACAAUGGGAACUUUAUGCCAAACCUAAAGAACUCCACCAAUGUCAAUGUUCCAGGCCGAUGGGCCUUCAGGGUGGAUGGUGGAACACAUCAAAACAGUCUACAAGAAAAUGUCGUAGGAAUUCAAAUGAGAGUUACUUCAUUUUCAGACCUAAGAGACAGUGCAAACAUUGAGACUGUUAUAGAGAAACUACAACAGGAGCUGAUCAAGUACGGUCUGCCAAACAGCGUCAAACUGAACCUAAGAAGGGUGCAAAAGACUCAGCCCUAAUAUCAGCCUUGUACAAGGAAAAAAUUCUAACAGAGACCUGUUCAUUAAAUCUCUAGCAUCAAACAUACCUACACUAAAAUAUAACUUACAGAGAAGCAAGAAAACAACAACAAAAGAAAAGAAAAAAACUGAUCUCACAUGGAACGUAAAUCUUUUAUUAAGUUUUUAUUAAGCAUUUGUGAAAGCUGGUCUCUGCAGGAAUGUCACUCUACAGGAGGAUGAACAUUCAUGUGUUCUCAAAUGCAAAUGUCACGUAGCAGGAGUUUAACUGAAGUAAACCUGUUCUUCCUCUAUGGCUCCAUUCACUAGAAAAUCAUAAUAUUAACUGUAAUACCAAUCUUUAUUGAUGAGAUAUUGAAGCAAGAAGCAGUUUAGCUGUUAUAUACAGUAGUGAAGCAUUUUACUAUUUUGCUUUAGCAUUAGUUUUUCUCCUCAGAAAAGUUUGCUGUUACAU